CUUCAAACCGAAUUUCUCAACCAAACAGCUAAACCGGAAAAAAAUUUUCCCCAAGCAAAUAAUCCUAACCAACGGUAAGGAUUUGAUCGGUGAAAAUGUCGUGGCAAACGUACGUUGAUGAGCAUCUGAUGUGCGAUAUCGAAGGUCAUCAUCUCACCGCCACGGCGAUCGUCGGCCUGGAUGGCAGCGUUUGGGCGCAGAGCGCCAACUUCCCUAAGCUCAACCCUGAAGAGAUUACCGCUAUCAAUAAAGAUUUUGAUGAACCAGGUUCUCUUGCCCCAACUGGGUUGCACCUCGGUGGCACUAAGUACAUGGUAAUCCAGGGUGAGCCUGGAGCUGUGAUUCGUGGAAAGAAGGGACCUGGCGGUGUCACUGUGAAGAAAACCGGUCAAGCUCUGAUCUUUGGGAUCUAUGACGAACCAAUGACUCCGGGACAGUGUAACAUGGUUGUUGAGAGGUUGGGAGAUUAUCUCGUUGAUCAGGGCCUGUAGAUCCCCAAAUCAAAUUCAUAUGGUUUCCUUAGUAUUCUUCCAUAUUGGGUGAUGAAUUGCUACUAUAAUUGCUGCUGGAUAAAUAAGUGUGUGAGGACAGAGUGAUUAUUUUUGGUUAUUUAGUUUUUUGUUUUCUUCCACUCAAAUUCCUUCAUGCGCCCCUAAAGCUCAUUUGUAUUGCAGUUUUGAAUUUGUUGAGUGUCUUCGGAUAUUGUUGUUACGUAUUAUGUGGUGAGAAUUUUUUUGAGUAAA